UUGGUCCUAGUCCCUAACCCCACCUUCGGUGCCGCGUUCAGAUCCCGUGCUGGUCUGGCUCCAGGGCCCAACCACGUCCCCGCAAGAGGAAAGCCAGAACUCUGCCGGCUACCGGAAGCCACGACCACCUCCCUGCCGGCACCCUCACUUCCUGCCGUCUCUUAGGGGCUUCCAAGGCGAGUCAACGAGUCCCUUUCGCCGGAAGCGGAAGUGCGUGUCGGCGGGAUCAUGGCGACUUUUGCGGACUUGCCGGACUCUGUUCUGUUGGAGAUCUUCUCUUACCUCCCGGUUCGGGACAGGAUCCGCAUCUCCAGGGUCUGUCACCGCUGGAAGAGGCUGGUGGACGACCGGUGGCUGUGGCGACAUGUCGACCUGACGCUCUACACGAUGCGGCCUAAAGUCAUGUGGCACCUCCUUCGCCGGUACAUGGCAUCCCGGCUCCAUUCCCUGCGGAUGGGCGGCUACCUGUUCUCGGGCUCUCAGGCUCCCCAGCUGUCCCCCGCCCUGAUGAGGGCCCUGGGCCAGAAGUGCCCCAACCUCAAGCGCCUCUGCCUGCACGUGGCCAACCUGAGCAUGGUGCCCAUCACCAGCCUCCCCUGCACCCUGAGGACCCUGGAGCUGCACAGCUGUGAGAUCUCCAUGGCCUGGCUCCUCAAGGAGCAGGACCCCACCGUGCUGCCCCUGCUCGAGUGCAUCGUGCUGGACCGUGUCCCCGCCUUCCGCGACGAGCACCUGCAGGGCCUGACGCGCUUCCGCGCGCUGCGCUCGCUGGUGCUGGGCGGCACCUACCGGGUGACCGAGACCGGGCUGGAUAUGGGCCUGCAGGAGCUGAGCUACCUGCAGAGGCUGGAGGUGCUGGGCUGCACCCUCUCGGCCGACAGCACCCUCCUGGCCAUCAGCCGCCACCUCCGAGAUGUGCGGAAGAUCCGGCUGACCGUGCGGGGCCUCUCGGCCCCUGGCCUGUCGGUCCUGGAGGGCAUGCCGGCCCUGGAGAGUCUGUGCCUGCUGGGGCCGCUCAUCACCCCAGAAAUGCCUUCCCCGCAUGAAAUCCUCUCCUCCUGCCUCACCAUGCCCAAGCUCAGGGUCCUUGAGCUGCAGGGGCUGGGCUGGGAGGGUCAGGAGGCAGAGAGGAUCCUGUCUAAGGGGCUACCCCACUGUAUGGUCAUUGUCAGGGCCUGCCCCAAAGAGUCCAUGGACUGGUGGAUGUGACUACACCAGCCGAGCCUGAGACCCCUCUCAGCUUUUAUUAAUGAGUCCCAGACCCUCUGAGCAGCACCUUACCAUGGGCAGGUAAUCCGGCUGGAGAGCUAUGAAGGCCACAGGUAGAAAGAACCUAAGCCUUGGCUCCUCCAGAUCAUUAGAAUCAUGGUUUGCCAGCUGUGUGGCCUCUGUGACAUCAGCCAGCCUCUCGGAGGCCCUGUCCUCACCUCCAGAAAUGAGGAAGACCAUAGCUACCUCUCGGUUAUGUUGCAAAGCCUUACUCUUUACCAGCCCUGAGGCCCGAGAAGGUCCUGGAUGAAGAGCCAUUCUCAGGAACAGGACAGAUGUGGAAGGGUGGGUUAGGAGUUAGGGAGACCUGAGGGGUCAAGGCCCCUUAGGAAGCCUGGAAGGGCUGUCAACGCAUGUGCACCAGCACACUGACACAUCAUUGACACGCCGACACACCACUGACACGCCGACACACCACUGAUAGUCCUACAUGCACGCAGGAGACACGGAGAGAAGGGCAGAUACAACUCAUGCUUUGAUGUUCGAAAUGUUAAUAAAGUUUCUAAGUUGUCCUUUCAGUAUUUUGUAUUCUGUAUUUUCCAAGUUUUGCGCAAUAUAUAUUAUUUUGCUAUUAAAGAAAGAUAAUCACGUUUUUCAAAAAAGCAUUUGGUUUAUUCAUUCAACAAAUGUGCCUUCAGCCUCCGCUCUCUUGCAAGCAUGGUUCUAGGCACUGGGACCACAGCAGUGAACAAAACAGACAAGGAAGAAGACAGGAUGAUGAACAGGUGAACACACGCAUGGAACGGUUUCAGAGACUCUGAGACAAUAAACCAGGGCCACAUGAUGGGGGCACACGUGUUUGGUUGAGUGGGCAGGGUGGGCCUCUCUGAGCCCAGAGCUGAGAGGUGAGGAACCAGCGCCGGGAAGCGCUGGGGAAGACAGAAAAGGCAAAGACUUGAGAUGGGAGUGAGCUUGGCAAUUUCCGGGGAUGGGAAGAAGGUCCAAGUGGCCGAGGGAACGGGGGGUGAGCAAUCAAGAGUGAAGUCAGAGAUGAUGGGGAGAGGUUAGAAGGGCCUCACAGGUGGCUUUGGUUUUAGGGGUUCAAAAGGUAGCAACUCCUUUUCCUGCCCUUUGAGUCUGAACCACUUGAAAGAUGCAGGUGGCAGACUGAUAGUGAUCCUAAGUAACUUGGGAUCACUGCCCAUGAAAUG